AUGAUGUUAUUUGGAUAUUAGAUUGUCUUAGGAACAGAAGACAUAUUUUAACCUUUGGGGAUGAAACAAACAGAUUCCUUAAAAGCAUAUAUUAGCGAAGAGUAUCCUUUGAAAUCAGAAUCUCGGUUUGUCAAGCCUUUAAAAGGACUAUAAUAUGAUUCAGUGAAUUUAUUGAAGUUUAGGAAAAUCUAUCAUUUUGAUUAGAGUUUCUAAUGGUAUGAAUUUACAGCAAGUAGAUUUCAUGCUAAUUUAAUCGGAUGUUGUUGUUUUAUAGUGUAAACUCAUGAACCUGUUUUGCUAAAUUAUAUGUUUACAUUUUAAUUUACCCCUUCAU